AUGGCUUUUAUCACAGAGGAUGCCAACCCAUUGGCAGUUUUUGGGACCAUUGCCCUGAUCAUAGGGACAUUUGUAGUGAUCUACCUUGUUAAGUCACAGCAAAAGGCCAAGCCAAUCUUAAUUCCUGAUGAGUUUCAAAAGUUCCCUCUUAUUAAGAAGACAAGAGUCAGUCAUAACUCAGCUGUCUACAGAUUUGGUUUACCAAACUCUAGUGAUAGAUUGGGUUUACCAAUUGGUCAACAUAUCUCACUUGGUGCUGUUAUCGAAGGUAAGGAAGUUGUUAGAUCAUACACUCCUAUUUCCACUGAUGAUGAAUUGGGAUAUUUUGAUCUUUUGAUCAAGACUUAUGAAAGUGGUAACAUUUCUCGAGUUGUGGACAAGUUGGAAAUUGGUGAUACUAUGGAUGUUAGAGGACCAAAGGGUUUCUUCACUUAUACCCCAAACAUGGUUGAAAGUUUUGGUAUGAUUGCUGGUGGUACUGGUAUUGCCCCUAUGUACCAAGUUUUGACUGCUAUUAUGAGAAACCCUGCUGACAAAACCAAGGUUACUUUAUUGUAUGCUAAUGUUUCUGAAUCAGACAUUUUGUUGAAGGAUGAAUUGGAUCAAAUGGCUAAGGACCAUGCCGAUCAAUUCAAGGUUCACUACGUUUUGAACCAAGCUCCUGAAAACUGGAGUGGUUCUGUUGGUUUCGUUACUCCUGAAUUAAUUGAUGAAUACUUACCAAAAGCAAAGGAAGACUGUAACAUUUUGUUAUGUGGUCCUCCACCAAUGAUUUCAGCCAUGAAGAAGUCUUGUGUUGGUUUAGGUUUCCCCAAGUGUAAGCCUGUCUCCAAAUUGGGUGACAAAGUGUUUGUUUUCUAA